UGUAUGCAGAUCUCGGAGUCAAAUGCCCCGUUCAGGCUGCACUCCUUGGGAAUUUGGUCAAGGCGUCACUCCACAACGAUCGUGGGGUGGAGCAUUCAGGGGCGACAACGUGUAAUAAAAGAGGAGAUGUUGAGGUGAACAAGCCAACGUGGAGGCCGUAGUGGGAGGCGUGGUGCUGAUUAUGAGCUCGGUGUAGUAACAUGACGUACGAUGACUGCAGGGGGAACGAUGCGCGUGGGGGAGCUGCUUGGGAAGGCGUAGAGCUUUGAACGUAAUAAAUAAUUCAUUAUUCUUUACUCACUCUCUUCAAUCUUUGACUGCCUCUGCCAAUCUUGUCAAACCGUUCCAUUACCCUGACAUUGCGAUUUUAUCUCAAUUUAGGAUCAGCCUUCACACCGCAACUAUGUUCAAGUCACAGCUACUCCGCCAGGUCGCGCGUGCAGCCACAACACAAGCUUCACGAACAGCCCCUCGCACACAGCCGGCUGUUUCCUCUAUUCGACGGUUCACAUCUGCGCCCGUUCGUCUCGAAAAGAGCUCCUCUGAUGACGAUGUUGAUGCUGCGACCACCUCAGGCCAGCCUGGGCAGAGCGGUGACCACGAGGGCCAGUAUGCACGAACAAGCUCAGGCAUUAUCGUAGAGUACCCCGAGGAGAAGGACCUCCCUCCGUCGAACCCUGUGGUAGGCCGAGGAGGUGUCCACGCCAAGCGAACGCUGGCCACAUUCUCGAUGGAGGGCAGGGUGGCGGUCGUGACUGGAGGAGCUCGAGGCUUGGGAUUGGUCAUGGCGCAGGCGCUGGUCACUUCAGGUGCCGAUGUCGCCAUUGUGGACAUGAACAAGGAGGAAGGUGCAAGGUCGGCCAAGGGGCUGAUUGAUAUCUUCAAACAGGAGAAUCCUGGAUCAGAGAAGCUUCCCAAGGUCACAGCGCACUUCUGCGACGUCUCGAGCCCUACAUCAGUCGAUCAGUCAGUUGCCGAGAUCCUGAAAGCACACGGCAAGAUCGACAACUUAGUCACGUCUGCUGGCUUCACGGAGAACUACGAUGCCAUCUCAUACCCGCACGACCGCAUGCAAAAGCUCUGGGGCGUGAAUGUCGACGGCACGUACAUGUAUGCUGUCGCCGUGGCGAAGCACCUCAUGGGAAGGAAGGCACCAGGAAGCAUUGUCAUGAUUGGCAGCAUGUCUGGGUCGAUUGUGAACGUUCCGCAGCCCCAGGCUCCUUACAACGCGGCGAAGGCUGCCGUCCGCCAUCUGGCGUCUAGUCUGGCGGUUGAGUGGGCUUCGGCGGGUAUCCGCGUCAACUGCAUCUCUCCUGGAUACAUGCUGACGGCGCUAACCAAGAAGAUCCUCGACGACAACCCAGAGCUCCAGAAGCAGUGGACGUCGUUGAUUCCAGUUGGCAAGAUGGGACGUCCUGAGGACUUGAUGGGCGCGGUCACGUUUCUGUCCAGUGAUGCCAGUCUCUAUGUGACAGGUGCUGACCUGAGGGUUGACGGAGCUUACACUUGCACUUGAGACUUUGCACUUGAGUGGUAGUGUAAAGAGGGUAGAGGCUGUAUGGUGCUGAGAGCAAUCUCGAGACGCGUCCAAGUUGGUGGGACAAACAAAAUUAUGAGUAGCGAACUACCAGACUGUAUGAGUAGUGUUCCUGAACGAAUCCCUUUUUUUAUGGAUACAU